UAUUGCAGACAUACUUAAAUACACGUUUCACACUUUACAUAUAUAAUAUUUCUCUCCACUCGCCAAUUUCCGUCGUUCAAAUUUAGAAAAAAGUUUUUAAAUUACUGCAGAAAAAUGGAAGCUGAUGCAGACAACUCAUCACCAACUUCUUGGUUCGACCACCUCACUUUGGAAUCCUUGCUGGGAUCUGGAGCCUAUAGCUGCGUCUUCCAGGCAGCUUCUGGACAACACGCCGUUUCCGCUGUCAAAGUAGUCUUUAUCGACGCCAAUAUUAGCACACCAGAAGAGCUGGACGCUGAGAAAAGUCGACUAUCUCGAGAAUAUGAACUUAUGACCGGAAAGAAACAUGAAAAUUUAGUCGAAAUCUUGAAGUCAUCCGAUAAGCCAUUAAUCACAGAAGAUAUUGAAGUUUUGCUAAAUAGUCCAUAUCCACAAGGCAAUUAUAACGUUUUGGAACAAUUAGAUCUCUUCAAAGCGGCCAAAUUCAAUCCUUCUGCAUUCAAAUGGAGUUAUGCGGUAAGUCGUUGCGCCAAUGGUUGAACAUAAAUAAUGACGUCCACAAUCCGGAAUUUCGGACGAACCCGGGAUUUAGAAAGCACACAGUUUGGGACAUAUAUCAAGGGCUAAAGUAUCUUCACCUCCAUAAAAUAAUACAUAUAGACAUUCGUCCCGAAAACAUUAUGUUUUCCUACUCUCCAUCUGGGUUCGCAUUUCCCGCUAAAUUGGGAGACUUUGGCGUCUGCCGAAUGAUUCAGGAUGAACACUUUAUCGAUCAUAGAUAUGCUAGACUAGCGUAUAAGCCCGUCUCCCGCCGGGCGCGAGUUGAUUUUAUUUUCAAAAUUCCACAAACGAAAUCUUUUGUAGAUAUUUAUUAACUGAAACUAUUUGAUGCCAACGGAAGUGAAAGAAAUUUGUCCGUUGCGCAAGCUGCAUAUCGGCAAUCGUCGCUAUGAAUAGUCAUAUCGUCGAUAUGAUAGUGGGCCGCGGCCGUGUACUACUCAUUAACUAUGAGGUGAGAUCAAGGGGCCUGUCUUUAGUUUAGAUUGGAGAGAAAUAGUUGUGUCUCAACUGGAGUGACGGUGGUGCACAUACCCAUCUGUGUAUUAAAUUGCUCGAGACAACAACCCGUGGCCCUGGUGUGCAAUACACCAGUGUUGGGUUGAGGACCACGACGGGCGCUCAUAAAGUGGCUACUAUCGCUCGUCCAGUACGUCUUCUAGAUAUAGUAGUAUAAUUCUGUGGGUGAGAUUGGGCUGGGGCGAGCCGCCCCGGCCCGAGCCGGGCCGCGGCCGUGUACUACUCAUUAACUAUGAGAUGAGAUUGGGCUGGGCUGAGGAGGGCCGGGCCGUGUACUCUCACUACUUAACUACCCCCAGAUAACCCACCACCCCUAGAUAACCAUCUUGCCUAAAUAACCACCACCCCCAGAAAACCACCACCCCUAAAUAACCACCACCCCCGGAUAAAUAACCACAGAGAGUACCACGCGUUCUGUAAUUUAAUUUAAAAUUAAUUUUGGACAUAUUUUGCAAUAAAACCUCACUAAUGUUAGUAAGCUUUCCCGCCAUAAUGAAAAUUGAAGCUUUAACGAUCCUAGCUAGUCAAUUUCUAUUUAUCGGGAAUUACCAGGCCUAUUUUGCUGUGAUUCCAUGUCAAAAACUUGGAUUUUGGACAUUGGCCCGCCUGGCCACCUGAAAUCUUGUACCACCAAUGCUCAGACGUUAUGGGAUUUGAUCCCGGUGGCUCGUCGUGGCUGAGGGCGACUCGCCCACCAAUGCUCAUCCGUAAUGGGGUUUAGUCCCGGUGGCUCGUCGUGGCUGAGGGCGACUCGCCCACCAAUGCUCAUCCGUAAUGGGGUUUAGUCCCGGUGGCUCGUCGUGGCUGAGGGCGACUCGCCCACCAAUGCUCAUCCGUAAUGGGGUUUAGUCCCGUGGCUCGUCAUUGCUGAGGGCGACUCGCCCACCAAUAGGGUAUAAGCCCGUCUGCCGCCGGGCGAGAGUUAGAUUAUCAAAAUUUCAUCAAUUAAAUAUUUUAUAUAUAUUUAUUUUUUUUAAAUUUGACGCCAACGGAAGUGAAAGCAAUUUGCAACGAAAGUUAAAGUGGAAAAUUAAAUUUCACCCAGUUGAGUCUGUCAUCUUGGCAAGCCCAGUCUGACAGUGGCAAUGGCAGUGCCAUUGGCAGUUUGUCUGACACCCCAUUUGGCUCAGUUAUCUCUGCAAGUCCAAACGGCAGACUUUUGCUUCUCUGCCACAACAGACUGCCCCCGAUACUGUUAGUAUACUAUGUUGGACUAUUCCUGUCUGCCUGGGCCGACUGGCUAAGAUAUUCCAGAUAACCAUCAUUAGGCCGCCACACCUCGAUAGGUUAUCGACGAUAACCCCCAUCAGGUAGCAACGACCCGAUAACCCGCAUCAGGUAGCAACGACCCGAUAACCCCCAUCAGGUAGCAACGACCCGAUAACCCGCAUCAGGUAGCAACGACCCGAUAACCCCCAUCUGGUAGCAACGACCCGAUAACCCCCAUCAGGUAGCAACGACCCGAUAACCCCCAUCAGGCGCCACACCCCGAUAACCCCCAUCAGGCGCCACACCCCGAUAACCACCAUCAGACAGCAAAGCCUCGAUAACUCCCACUAUGGUGCCACGCCUCGAUAAAACCAAUCACGCAGUAAGGACCCGAUCAGGCAGGAACGCGCCGAUAACCACAACAAUGCCACAAUUCCCAGAUAACCCCAUAUCAUCAGGCAACUAAUAACAGUUACCACCACCAGGGGUAAUAUUCUGGUAAAAGACGGAUUUUCGCGCCAUUCGAAACUUAACGUUCGCUACGUUCACUUCGGUUGCAGAAAGACAUUUCCACGUUAUGGGAUUUAAUCCCGGUGGCUCGUCCCGGCUGAGGGCGACUCGCCCACCGAGACCACCAAUGCUCAGACGUUAUGGGAUUUGAUCCCGAUGGCUCGUCCCGGCCCGGGCGGCCCUCCUGGCCACCUGAAGUCUUGUACCACCAAUGAUAGUGGAAUUUGACACCUUGGCCCUAACACCAUCAGAUAACCUACCACAGAUAACCACCCACCCUCAGAUAACCACCAUCCCCAUGCUAUUCCAUGCACCAUCCCCGGAUAACCACCCACCCCCAGAUAACCACCCACCCUCAGAUAACCACCAUCCCUGGAUAACCACCACCCCUAGAUAACUACCUUCCCUAGAUAACCACCCACCCCCAGACAACCACCUUCCCCAGA